AUGCCCGUCUCCCACCUCACAUUAACAGUCUCCCACCUCCCAACAUCCACAUCCUUCUUUCUGUCUUGUCUCCAACCCCUCGGCUACAAAUUCAUCGGCCGUCAUGACGAAUACAUCGGUUUUGGCUCCAAGGCCGACGAACCCGCCGAUUUCUGGCUUGCGCAGGAACAACCUGGAACACCAGCCGGCGCAGCACACAUUGCCUUCCCAGCCCCAAGCAAAGAAGCUGUAAACACAUUCUUCAUCUCCGCUCUCAAAUCAGGCGGAAAAAUCCACGGAGAACCAAAACUACGUGAUCCCGAGACGGGAUAUUUCUCUGCUGCGGUGGUGGAUUUUGAUGGGAAUAGCAUUGAGGCUGUUUAUCGGCCUGAUACUAGAUCAGAAAUUGAUACUAGAGCUGGACCGGCUUUGCAGACUAUAAAGAAUGGAUCUGUGGUUUCGAGGGCGAGGUCGGUGAGGACGACGGAGACGAGGUCUGUUGUGCAGACUGCUAUUGAGAAUAUUCCACCGGCGAGGGUGAAGAUGUUGGAUCAACAGCAACAACAGCAACAGCCGCUACAGCCGCUACAGCAGCCGUAUCAGCAGCCGUAUGCUCCGACGCAACAGAGUGAUGGGAAUAGUAUAUCUGCAAAGACGAUUAUUGGGACUUUGCUUGGAGCUACUGCCGGUGCUGCGAUUGCGUAUGCUAUGAUCAAGGGUGAUUCAUCUUCAUCACUGACACAGACGAGUUCGAAUCCUCCAGCUCAGUCGCAGUAUACUCAACCACCUCCACCUCCACCACAACAGCAGCAGCAACAACAACAACAACAACCACCACAUCAAAUGUCCAUGUCCCUACCCAUGCUCAUGCCCAUGCUCGGCCCAGCACCAACCUACCAAGACCAACAACAACAGCAACAACCCGUCUACCGAGCCCUGGAAGCACCCCCCUCCGCCAUCGGAGGCGCAGCGCGAAGCACUUACACAGCCAACGACGCAAUAUCAGCAUACACCCGCUCCUCCGCGCCCAAGAGCAAAUCUCCACGCGCAGACACAAUCUACGAAGAGACCGAAUACUACCCCCCAAUCGACCAGAGCGGUCCAAGGUCUUUGUACUCGCAAGAAGCGAGUAGUAAUGCCGGCAGCGGUGUUCGUCGCUCUUCGAAUGGAAGUAUAUACGCAACUCGCGACCUUCCAAUCCGCGCAAUCGAGUAUUCGAAUAGCGUUGCAUCAUCCCAACAGUCACAACAGUCAUCAAAGCAUGGACAUGUCAUUGGUGAUAUUGCCGAGAGCGAGUUUUCGUCUAUUUCGACUAUUAAGCCUGCCAAAUCGACUGCUCCUUCGCGACAUAGCAGGGAUGAUGUAUCCAUGGCAUCCUCGCAUCGCUCCCUGAAAUCGAGCGCAAGUAAACACUCUCACCGCCACGACGAGAAUGGAAGCACAACAUCGAGGACAACAGCACACAAAAUUGCAUUACCAGACAGCCGCCCCGGAUCAACAUAUACAUCCGCCACCAAAUCCUCAAAACGAAGCAACGCAUCAACCAUCAAACCUUCUUCCUCCUCGCCCAGAGAUCUAGAUGCCUACGAAAUCCCGCUCCCGGCAUCCGCGGCACCGAGUACAGUCUUCCUCGACGCGGCGAUCGACAUUACGCCAGAAGAUAGUAUAAGUCAAGUCGGUUGCUCCCACGCCCAUCACAGUCACAACGACACAAAAUCAUCAUCUGGACGAUCGCAUCGCUCCAGAUCUGGUCCUUCCUCCCAAUCCCAUGUAUCGUCGGCAUCGAAACGAGAGACAGCCGAAACAGGAAGUAAAUUCGAUCAACCCGUUAAACCGAGUGAUAGUAUCAGUCAGGUGUCGAGUAAUCAUUCUUAUCGGCAUAGUUCUCAUCAUUCUGCUCAUAAGGGUUCGUCGAGGGUUAGUGGGAUGUCGAAGAAGUCGCAUUCUGCUUCGAGGUGCUGGUGUUCGGUUAUUUGCAUCAUGAUUCAAGAAUACUUACGACAAACUGAUUCAGAAGGUUCUGAUAUUGGAGCACGGGACAGAUAA